AUGGCGACCCCGGUAACCCCAGUGGGUGACCUCUGGCCCGGAGGGCCCCAGCGCCCUCCUGACCCACCGGCAGAGCCCAAGCCGCUCCCAGAUCUGAUCCGCCUGAAGCGAGACGGAGGUCGCCUGAGCAAACAGGACAUUCGGAGCUUCGUGGGCGCCGUGGUGGCCGGGAGCGCCCAGGGCGCACAGAUAGGGGCCAUGCUCAUGGCCAUCCGACUGCAAGGCAUGGAUCUGGAGGAGACUGUGGCACUGACCCAGGCCCUAGCCAACUCUGGGCAGCAACUGGAGUGGCCAGCGGCCUGGCAUCAGCAGCUCGUGGACAAACAUUCCACAGGAGGAGUGGGUGACAAGGUCAGCCUGGUCCUGGCCCCUGCCCUGGCUGCCUGUGGCUGCAAGGUUCCUAUGAUCAGUGGACGCGGCUUGGGGCACACAGGGGGCACCUUGGAUAAGUUAGAGUCGAUUCCUGGAUUCACCGUCAUCCAGAGCCCAGAACAGAUGCAAGGUCUGCUGGAGAAAGUGGGCUGCUGCAUUGUGGGUCAGAGCAAGGAGCUGGUUCCUGCGGAUGGAAUCCUGUAUGAAGCCAGAGAUGUGACAGCAACUGUUGACAGCCUGCCACUCAUCACAGCCUCCAUCCUCAGCAAGAAGGUGGUGGAAAGGCUGUCUGCACUGGUGGUGGACGUCAAGUUCGGAGGGGCCGCCGUCUUUCCAGGCCAGGCGGAGGCCCGGGAGCUGGCAAGGGCACUGGUUGGUGUAGGGGCAGGCCUGGGGCUCCGGGUUGCAGCGGCUCUGACAGCCAUGGACCAUCCCCUGGGCCGCAGCGUGGGCCACACCCUGGAGGUGGAGGAGGCGCUGCUUUGCAUGGACGGCGCGGGGCCCCCAGACCUGCGGGACGUGGUCAUCAGGCUCGGGGGCGCCCUGCUCUGGCUCAACGGGCAGGCGGAGGACCAGGCUGAGGGCGCAGCCCGGGUGGCCGCGGCGCUGGACGACGGCUCGGCCCGGGACCGUUUCGAGCGGAUGCUCGCGACGCAGGGUGUGGACCCGGGCCUGGCCCGCGCCCUCUGCUCCGGGACCCCCGCGCAGCGCCGGCAGCUACUGCCCCGCGCCCGGGAGCAAGAGGAACUGCUCGCGCCCGCGGACGGCACCGUGGAACUGGUCCGGGCGCUGCCGCUGGCGCGCGUCCUGCACGAGCUGGGGGCCGGGCGCAGCUGCGCCGGGGAGCCGCUCCGGUUCGGGGUUGGCGCGGAGCUGCUGGUUGACGUGGGCCAGAGGCUGCGACGCGGGUCACCCUGGCUCCGCGUGCACCUGGACGCUCCCGCGCUCAGCGACCCGCAGCGGCGAGCCCUGCAGGGGGCGCUCGUGCUCUCGGACCGCGAGCCCUUCGCCGCCCCCUCGCCCUUCUCUGAGCUCAUCCUGCCGCCGACCGACGCGCAGCAAUAA